AUGGAAGGCCAGUCAAAAGUUGAUACAGAAGACAACACUGCCAUUCCUAACGACAAACAAAGUACAGUCAGCAACGCUGAUGACCUGUGGGAAACAAGAUCAAACUGUUCGACCGUAUCACGUGCCAGUCAGCGGUCCCGAACUAGUCAGUGGUCCAAUGCAAGCGCUUUAGCAGCAAGAGCACGUGCUAAAGCAGCAGCCGCACAAGCACAGGUAUCAUACGCUGAAAGAGAGGCAGAGGUAAUUAAACAACAAGCCCACAUUGAAGCUGAAGCUACAAAAAGGAAAGCAAUACUCAGCGCUGACCUUCUCAAACUACGUCUACAAAGUGCAGCAGCAGCUGCCAACGCUGAAGCAGAGGUCCUAGAGGCAGCAGCGGGGGACGAAGAUGGAGAUACGCGGUCACCUACAGAAAGAAACGACAUCUUCCAGCCCAAGCCAGAUCCAUCUCCGCCACCGCCAGCCAACACCCGCUUUGACUCCUCACAAACAAACACGCUUGUGCUCCCAACAGCUCAGCAAGUAAAGAACAGUGUGGAGGGCUGCACGGACUGGUCGGUGGACUACAAAAAGUACCAGGCACUGCUUGGAGAGCCGGUACGGAUCCGCUGCGCCCUGUUCUACGGCUACAUCCGAGCUAACUACAGCCUGGCCCAGAGCGCGGGCCUCAGCCUCAUGUGGUACAAGAGCACGGGACACGGGGACUUUGAGGAGCCCAUCAGCUUCGACGGGACGCGCAUGAGCAAAGAGGAGGACGCAAUCUGGUUCAGACCGGCCGAACUGGAGGACGUGGGCUACUACUCUUGUGUGCUGAGGUAA